AUGACAAUAACUCUAAAACCAGGUGAUGAGCGGUAUGAGGAUGAGCAUGAUGAUGUUGAUGAUGAUGACUUUUCUAAUUCACCAAUAGCCUUAACCGGAAUGACUACAAACAUAUUAGAUCACAAACUAAUAGAACGCCUGGAUGUAACUUUGGUAGAGCAUAACGGUAUUAAAAAAUUAAAUGGCACGCUCAAGCACAGAGUGGAUAUGCAUGCUCUUGAGGCCGAAGUUCAAGUGCAAAUACAACAAUUUCGCAAUAAAUGGUCCCGCUUUAUAGAUAUGAAAUUUGAUGUUUGUAAAUUUCUUGAUGGAAAAUGCAAGAACAAUCAAGUGUUACGAUCGAUUUUGAAACGUUUCCUGAAAUCGAGAAGCCUUCGACAGAAAUGUCCCGUUCCAGCGCGUCAUGUCUAUGUAUUGGAUCUCUUGGACGUUAGUACCAGUUACCCGGAUUACUUACCGAAUGUGGCUUUGAUUGCAACUGUUAAUGUCUACACGAAAGCGCAUUUAUUGUGGCAGUUUAAUUUAACGGGGUUUACUAAGGCUGUCAUAAAAAUGUAG